AUGCAGUCACUUAUCCAAGUUGUAAAUAAGCUACAAGAUGUUUUUGCAGUAGUUGGUGAACAGCAGAUCGCCGAUUUACCACAAAUUGUGGUAGUGGGAACACAGAGUUCCGGUAAAAGCUCUGUGCUAGAAAGCAUAGUGGGAAAAUCAUUUUUACCUCGAGGAACUGGUAUAGUUACCAGAGCGCCAUUAGUCAUACAAAUGAUUAGGUACACCGAAGAAACGAAACGAUCCAUGUUGAUGUCUCAUAACAUCGAAGACAAUGAAAGCAUAACAGAAUGGGCAGAGUUUUUACAUAAGCCAAAUAAUUUUUUUUUCGAUUUCGAUUCGGUACGCAAUGAAAUUGAAAGUAGAACAAACAUUCUUGCAGGAAAUAAUAAAGGCAUCACUAACAGUCAAAUAUUAUUGAAAAUUCACACUAAUCGCUAUGAUCUGACUUUUGUAGAUUUGCCAGGUAUAACAAAAGUGCCAGUUGGCGAUCAACCUGAUGAUAUAGAUGAACAAAUACAGAAAUUGAUUAUGUCUUAUGUAAAUAAGGCAAAUUCUAUUAUUUUAGCAGUGGUGACUGCGAAUACUGAUCCUUCAACGAGUGAAAGCCUGCAAAUAGCAAAAAAAAUAGACCCAGAUGGCGUCAGAACAAUAGCUGUAGUUACAAAAUUGGAUCUGAUUGAUGAAGGUACACUUCAAGAUACAAAAGAUUUACUGUGUGGUCGCAGGAUUCCAGUGAAACUAGGUAUCAUAGGAGUUGUGAAUAGAAGUCAAAAAGACAUUGUUGAAAAUAAAUCAAUGGAUGCCACGCUAACGUCAGAAACAGAAUUUCUAAAAACUAACUAUCCAGAUAUUUGUACAAAACAUGGCAACAAAGCAUUAGCUCGAACAUUGCAGAUGAUUUUGAUUACGCACAUUAAAAAAGUUUAUCCAAAACUUAAAGUUGAGCUCGAAGAUAUGAAAAAUAAAUUAGGGAGGAAAUUAUUGUUAUUGCAUACUCCUGAGAACAAAGUAUCGUUUGUAAUAGGACUUUUAAAAGAUAUCAGCAAAUCUUAUGAAGACACUGUGAAUGGAAAUCAAAAUGAUGUUUCGGUCGACGAAAUUAUUGGCGGUGCAAGUGUCGCUCGAAUAAUCCAACAAAAAUAUUUAAAAACAAUAAAUGCCAUAGACCCGUUACAGGAUUUAACUAACGAAAAUAUAGCAACGGUACUAUUAAAUACAUCAGGAACUAACCAAAGCACUUUUGUCAAUGAAAAGGCGUUACAAAAAAUUUUAAGCCGCCAAUUAAAGAACUUGGUCGAGCCAUCAUUGGAUUGCGUAGAAUUGGUGCGCAGUGAGAUGUUAAACAUAUUGAAUUCCAUUGAUGACAGAUUGUUGGAAACACUUAGGCGAUACCCACAAUUGAAUGAAGAUGUGCGAAAUGUUUUUGAGAAGUUGCUGGAAGAAAAUGUGAAAAAUAUCAAAGAUUUUAUUGCUUCAUACAUAGAAUCAUAUCAGGAAUGUUUAGAUACAGCCAAUCCAGAUUUUAUAUUGGAAAUAGUAAAAUCAAGUAGUACGAUUCAAGAAGAAAUUCUAGCUGCUGCAAAUAUAAAUAAUUACAAAGAUGACAGUGACUCUUCUUCUGAUGGGAAUUGGAAAGAUAUGACCCAGCACAAAAAGGUUGAACUUAAUAGAAUACAAAUGUUAAAUCAGUUAUUAACAGGUCUUAAUAACAAUGACGAUUCAUUAGAAUCGUCUGAACAAGUUAAAUUACAUAGAGAUUUAAGUCAAUGUUAUUUUGAGUACAUCAGGAAAAUUGUGCGUGACUUUGUGCCUAAAAGAAUUAAACACAAAAUGAUUAAUUCGUUUUUAAAAGUCCUUGAUAAGCGUUUAAAUGAAGAAAUAUUCCAAACCUAUUUAAUUGAAAAGAAAAUUGAUGAAGUGCUUUUAGAAGAUGAAAGUUUUCAAAAGGAUAGAAAAGAUCUUGAUAUAAAGUUGGAUACAGUUAUGAAAGCGCUGAAAAAUAUGAUUGAUAUUCAAUAUUUAUAA